GUGUCAUGACUUAACCUCUUUCCUUCCUUCCUUCCCUCCCUAUCUCCUAAUCCCACAAUGCACCGGGGCUGCUCGCUUUUAACAUGGACCAAAGCGACAAUGAUCUCCAAGGAAGUGACGGAUCUGGGAGUUUGGGCGGUCCGGACGUCCGCAAGCGCAUCCCCAUCAAGCUGAUCUCCAAGCCCCCCUUGAGGAUCAAACCUCCACCCCGCGUCCAGAGACCCAGCAACAGACCACUGCUAAAAAGUGAAGCGGCAGAAAAAGAUGAUAACUUUGGCUUCAAGCAAGAGAAGUUUGAGUUUGGAGGAAAAGCUGGAGAUUUGUUUGCUGCCCAGAGGAGAUACCCCCAGCCGCUCUUUUGGGACCAUAAGUUGAAUCUGAUCGGUGAGCGAGAUGAAGUCCCAAUUCACUUCUGUGACAAAUGCGGACUCCCCAUCCAACUAUACGGACGUAUGAUUCCCUGCAAACAUGUCUUCUGCUACGAGUGUGCUUUGCUGCAUGAGAAGAAUGGCGAGAAGAUGUGCCCUGGUCUGACCAUGUACAGCUGCACAGACCUAGUGCAGCGUAUCGAGCAGUGCCAGCGCGGCACCCUGUACAUGUGCAGCGUGGUGUCGGGCUGCAAACGCACCUACCUGUCUCAGCGGGACCUCCAGGCCCACGUCAACCACCGCCAUUUGAGGUCGGCCAAGUCGUCGUCCAGCCGUCAGGAGCCCGUGCACCUGCCUCCGACCUCCGACGUGCCCGAGCGGUUCCGCGUACCCCCGCCCCACAUGACCAAGAACCACGUGCACAUGCCUAACCAGCACCCCCACGGCGGCCACGACCCCUACGGGCAGCCGCCUCCCUCUGGACCGCACGACGGACCGCCUGAGACGUACCGCAUCGCUACGGUGACCACGCGCAAACACAGCAACCUCAUCACCGUGCCCAUCCAGGACGACUCAUCCUCUGGCCCGGGUCCGGGUCAGCCCCCCCACCACCGGCCCGGGGACUAUCCCGGCCAGCCGCCGGUGGUUUCACACGCCCACCAUAUGAUGCCGCCGCCACCGCAGCAGCACUUCGGGCCACCACCCCCUCCUCCACCCAUCAGCCACCCCAUGCAGCACCCGCCCCAAGGCUCUGGUACGCCCCACAUGGUGUACAAUCAGGCCCCGCCGCCCCCGAUGUCCACGGCGCCGCCACCUAUUACCCCACCGCCGGGUCACAUCAUGGGCCAAAUGCCUCCUUACAUGAACCACCCGCCCCCGGGACCGCCGCUCCAACACAGCGGACCCCCUGUGAACGCACCCCCUCCUCAUCAUUACAAUCCUAAUUCCAUGCAACAGUUUCCCGAAGACCAGGGCACCCUGAGCCCGCCUUUCAACCAACCGGGAGGUCUCAGCCCCGGAAUGUGGCCCGCACCGAGGGGGCCGCCUCCUCCGCGGAUGCAGGGUCCCCCACCCGGGCCCCAUCACCCGGAUCAGGGCCGCUACCGACCUUAUUACCAGUAGAUUGCCAUCUGAAUAGCAGGGCUUGGAAAAUUCUGGAAAUACUCCAAAUGGGAAACUUUCAAUGUAAAUUAAGGCGUCCUUCAAGCAUAAACAUUAUUUUGUUAUACACAGACAUAAAAAUGUAAAUGUUUUUCAUUUAUUUACCCUUAAUUCCCUUGGAAAGUUUCUCAUUUUUAGCAUUUGCCGAAUUAUUUAACCUUACUGGACUGUACCACUUGUAGGAAAUAAAACAUGAUGGUAAACCUCAGGGUUACAGUGUGUUCGUAGGAAUUUUGAUCAAACCACCAUACGAGUUUGUGUGCAGAUUAGUUACUCGUCUUCUUCUGAGGAGACCCUCGACUUGGGAGGGGGGCGGCAGAAACGCCUCCAUUUUCAAAGUCCAAAAAUAUGAUUGCAAUUUUUCUGUAUGUCAGCUGACCUAUAUAUCCUGGUACUUUAUCAAUAAAAUUUGAACAUUCAAAUUCCACACGAUGUUUAGACACUAAUUGAUGUGUAAAAAAAACGUUGCUUCCACGGUUGAUAAGAAAAAUGACUACUAUUAAGAACAAAAUGGCCAACUCGAGUCCCUUAGACGAAAUUGCCACAAGAUGGCAGCAAAGUGCAAAGAAGCUGAAUUAGCUGCCAUACUGCCAAGAAACGUGCGUUUGCAAUACAAUAUUCACUAGGCGUGCAAGCAGGACUGAACGGGCCCUCGCAAUCUAGCGCAACUCGGACAGUGUGCAGGUCAGGGUGGUGGCAGAUCCUCUAAUCAUCUCAUUAGAACCUAACAUGCUCGAAAGUCGCCUCUUUACAUUCACACACUAAGAGAGAAAAACCCUUAUUGGAGAGAGUACUACAAAAAAGGAGCUCCUACUGAGCUGUGCAGCCAAGCCCUAAUUCAAAACGAAAAUGAAUCUUCUAACUGGGCCAAUUCGACCAAGUGUGCCAAAU